CCAACAUUACAACCUCAUUAGUGCAGAGCCCCUUCUUCCUCUCUCUCUCUCUCGAGCCUUUGUUCGAGCAGCUCAUCUACACCGCUUGACCGGCGAGUUUCGCCGUCAUAAACCGCCGGAAAAGGACUGGCGAACCGUUGUGAUUAUUCGAAGGGGGGAAAACCCAAAAAGGCCGUUGUUUUGAGUGUUUGAAGACUGUAAGGGCGUGCGGUCGGUGUGUUUUGUGCGUGCGAGUGCAUGUCGAAGCGGCGUGGUUUCGGGGAUAGUCGAAGGAUGGAGGCCAAGCGGCGUCGUAUCCGGAUGGUGUGAGUGAUCGGGGGGGAUUGGAGAGAUGGGGAGGGUCGCGGUGGUGGGGGUGGCGGUGGCGGUGGCGGCGACGGCCUGCGCGGUGGCGGCGGUGGUGGUGGGGAGGAGAGUGAGGAGCCGGAGGAAGUGGCGGAGAGUGGUGGGCGUGCUGGCGGAACUGGAAGAAGGGUGCGAGACCACGGUGGGGAGGCUGAGGCAGGUGGUGGACGCCAUGGCCGUCGAGAUGCACGCUGGGCUCGCCUCCGAAGGAGGCUCCAAGCUCAAAAUGUUGCUCACCUUCGUCGACGGGCUCCCCAAUGGGUGUGAGAAAGGAACUUAUUAUGCACUAGAUCUUGGGGGUACUAAUUUUAGGGUCUUGCGGGUUCAGCUAGGAGGUCAAAGGUCUUCUAUCCUGGAAAAAGAAGUGGAACGGAUACCCAUUCCCCAACAUUUGACGUCCAGUACAAGCGAGAAUCUCUUUGAUUUUAUUGCGUCAUCAUUAAAGGAGUUUGUUGAAAGAGAAGGUGGCGGUUCUGAAAAUUCACUGAACAGUAGAAGGGAACUUGGAUUUACAUUCUCUUUUCCGGUGAAGCAAACAUCGGUUUCAUCAGGCAUUUUGAUUAAGUGGACAAAAGGAUUUUGCAUUCAAGACAUGGUUGGAAGAGAUGUUACUGAAUGUUUAGAGCAAGCAAUGACCAGAAAAGGCCUAAAUAUGCAGGUUGCAGCCCUGGUUAAUGACACUGUGGGAACAUUAGCUCUUGGGCAUUAUCAUGAUCCAGACACUGUUGCUGCAGUUAUAAUUGGUACCGGCACGAAUGCCUGUUACUUGGAGCGGACAGAUGCUAUCAUCAAGUGUCAAGGGCUUCUUACAACUUCUGGAGGCAUGGUCGUCAACAUGGAAUGGGGAAAUUUCUGGUCUUCUCAUUUACCGAGAACUUCUUAUGACAUUGACUUAGAUGCGGAUAGCCCUAAUCCAAAUGAUCAGGGUUUUGAAAAAAUGAUAUCAGGAAUGUAUCUUGGUGACAUUGUGAGGAGAGUAAUCCUUAGGAUGUCACAAGAGGCAGAUAUAUUUGGAACUGUUCCUUCCAGGUUAUCAAUGCCUUUUAUUUUGAGCUCAUAUUUGAUUGCCGCCAUGCUUGAAGAUGAUUCCCCUGAGUUGAAAGAAGUAGCAAGAAUCUUUAAAGACAUUCUGGAGAUUCCUGAUGUUCCAUUGAAGGUUAGAAAGCUCGUUGUAAAGGUAUGCGACGUGGUGAUCCGUCGGGCUGCUAGAUUGGCAGCUGCGGGCAUUGUGGGUAUCUUGAAAAAGAUUGGCCGGGAUGGAAGUGGGGGCAUCACAGGUGGAAGGAGUAGAAGUGAUGUUAAAAUGAGAAGAACAGUUGUAGCUAUUGAAGGGGGUUUGUAUACAAGCUAUACAAUGUUUAGGGAAUACCUGCAUGAAGCCUUGAAUGAAAUACUGGGGGAAGACAUUGCUCCAUACGUCAUUCUUAAAGACACACAAGAUGGAUCGGGCAUUGGAGCAGCUCUCCUUGCUGUCGCACAUUCAUCAAACAGUGUGGAUAGCGUACAGUUGCUAUAAAGAUAUAUAUAUAUUGAUAUAUAUACAUAUAGCCCCUGUAAAUGUAGAGUUCAUUUUCCAUAUCUUUUUGUAUAAAAGGAAGGUUUGUCCAUAUAUUUUUUUUCUUUUCUGAAAUUUCCAUCAAUUUUAUAUUCUGAUGUUGGCAAUGUGAAAAUGGUGUUCUUUAUAAAAUUUUCCUCAAAAAGUCUUUGAUUA